AACACGGACGUUCAGCUGCCCGCUCCAUUUCUUGCCAAUCGUAACGCAUGUCGCUUCAUUUCUUGCCAAUGGCCAAAAAGCGCCGGUCCAUUUCCUACCAAUGGGGAACUCGCUGUUCUCAUUUCUGGCCAAUGACAGACGUUUUUCGGCUGUCCAUUUUUUGUGCUGGGAUAUGUCAACAGAGGAGCUACGUACUUGGAAAUGAAGUCAACACGGUUAUUUAAGGUAAGCAAUCAUGGUUUAUUUACAUUGUCACCAUGUGAUAUGCGACAAUACUUACAAAAAGAUGUAGCCUAUCUGUGGCGAUUCAGUAAUAUAUGACGCCUAUAUUUUGCUAACGGAAUGAAGUGAAUGGUGCACGACGCUAGUUGGCUAUUAGGUAUUGUAACGUUAGCGCUCCUCACUGACAUUGCUUGAAUAAAUUGUCUUAAAGUGUUUAAAUAUGUGUGUAUAUAACGUUAGUCAUCCACAUAAUGCCCGUGUUCGACUCGAUAUACUUGUGGGGAAUAUCUGCGCGUGUAAAAAAAAAACUUCUUAUCGAGUCAACAUGCAACCUUUUUUGUCAAACCUCAAGGGCUGUUUUCUGCUCGUAUAUAGUACAUUUCAACGUAGUGUUGAUUGAAAUAAAGAUUUUAAGAGUAACAAACAACAUGUGGGCCUUGUUGCCAUUCAUAACAAUUUGUAAUAACGACGUGAUUACUCCUGGCUGUAGAUGACAUGGGGCAAUGAGAGAAGAGGAAUUUUAAGAGCCUGUGCCAACAGUGGGACAUGAUCUGCGCAGAGACCGACACAUUGGCACAACCCAUACGAAAAGAUUCAGUCAUGCCCAGUACAGGAGAGGGGACAGACAUCACUGUUUUGUGGGCAGCAGACCUGUACAGGCUCCAGCCCUGUGUGUCACAGCUACAGAUGCCUGCGCUGCAUGCCCAGACGCCCCGCCCCCCCUCGCCAUCGCUCCAGCCCUGUGUGUCACAGCUCAACACCCCUGCGCUGCUGGCCCAGACGCCCCGGCCCCCCUCGCCAUCGCUCCAGCCCUGUGUGUCACAGCUCCAGACGCCUGCGCUGCUGGCCCAGACGCCCCGGCCCCCCUCGCCAUCGCUCCAGCCCUGUGUGUCACAACUCCACACCCCUGCGCUGCUGGCCCAGACGCCCCGGCCCCCCUCGCCAUCGCUCCAGCCCUGUGUGUCACAGCUCCACACCCCUGCGCUGCUGGCCCAGCCUCCUCUGGCCCCCUCGCCAUCACUCCAGCCCUGUGUGUCACAGCUCCAGACACCUGCGCAACCGGCCCAGCCUCCUCUACCCCUCUCGCCAUCGCUCCAGCCCUGUGUGUCACAGCUCAAGACCCCUGCGCUGCUGGCCCAGACGCCCCGGCCCCCUUCGCCAUCGCUCCAGUCCUGUCUGUCACAGCUCAAGACCCCUGCGCUGCUGGCCCAGACGCCCCGGCCCCCCUCGCCAUCGCUCCAGCCUUGUGUGUCACAGCUCAAGACCCCUGCGCUGCUGGCCCAGACGCCCCGGCCCCCCUCGCCAUCGCUCCAGCCCUGUGUGUCACAGCUCCAGACGCCUGCGCUGCUGGCCCAGCCUCCUCUGGCCCCCUCGCCAUCACUCCAGCCCUGUGUGUAACAGCUCGAGACGCCUGCGCUGCUGGCCCAGCCUCCUCUGCCCCACGCGCCAGACGCCUGCACCAUGGCCUCCUCCUGCCCUCAGCUCUACCAGCUCCUGGUCCGUCUCAAG